UUGCGGAAUCAUCCAUAAAAUUCAUUGCUCAUAGUCAUUGUUUAAUUAAUAUGUGAAGUUUAAUUAAUAUCGCCUACAGAAAUAAAAGAUAUAUAUUCUAAUUGCAAAUAAAAGUUAUUGCACUGUUCUAUUGCCUACUAAAAAAAUAUUUUAUGAUGUCCAAUUGAUUACUAUUCAACUGUGCACCCAUCAGAGAAAUACCUGAUUAAUGUAGAUAAGCUGUUGAUUUAUUUGCUAAGAAAACCAAGUAUUUAUUGAUGAGAAAUGAUGAAUGUUCAGGACCGAUCAUUUAAAAAAAAAAAAAAACUCAGAUGAUCUGAAAAAUAUCAGAACCACGGUGGUUGUCACAACAGUAACUGGAAACUUUAUUAAGUUUCCUAUAAGAUUAGAAAUUAACUAACAUUGUUAAUGAUUAAAAAUAUAUUCAUUUAUAUGUUCAUCUUCGAAUUCAAGAAAAAAAAAAUCGGCCUAUCGGUUGUCCCUGCGGGCCAGCCCCAAAACUUCCCGCUGUUUUCGAGCUCAAGGAGCUUGAUGUAAAUUAAUUAUAAUUUGGUUGGACUCUAAAAUUGUAAUUAAAUUUUAUAAAUAGGUGUAUAUUAAAAAAAAAAGUAUAUUUAAAAAAAAUAAUCAAUAACAAAUAUAAAAUUUUUUCAAGAAAUGUUUGUUAAUAAAUAAAUAUAAAUUUUAAUCUCAGCCCCGCGAAGCGGGUGGGCGACAGCUAGUUUUUAAUAUAUACAUAUAUAGAAGAGGGGGAGGAGAUACAAUAGGGUGCUUAAAGAACUACUGUUUUCAAGGACUCAAAUACGCUAAAUCUUUUUUUUUCAAUGAUAUUCAAAGUAAAUAGAAAAAAUUUUCAGUUGCUCUUAAAAAAAAACAUUUCAUUUUUGCGGACAACGAUAUAUUUUAAUUUAACUCAAGUCUAUUGUAGAUACGAAAAUUUUCCCCGGACCGUAAUUAAAUCGCUCAUUAGGACUCAGGUAAAAAUUUAACAGUGUAAUUAUUUCCAGAAAACAUUCAUGCUUCAAAUAUGAAUUAUUGUAAUCACACUCAUUUACAGUAUUACAAUAGUACAAUACAUAAGUAUUUAAUGACUCGCAUUUUCGUAAAAGUCAUUAAUAGUUAGUUUUAGUAUGAAUAUUUCUAUAACAUACAAUCGUCAUUAGCUCAUAAUGUAUUUAAAUUUUAAGAUAAGAAAGAUAAAGUUAUUGAAAAUCCUGUACCUUAUUAAGAAUCCCGUAUUGUCAAAUAUUUAAUUUUAGUAGAAAGAAAUUAAUUUUAAGAACAACUUAAGAACUAUUAUUGUCCUGUAUGGGUUUACUUUUGAGUAAUUAUAUCUUUGUUGUAAUUAUGACGAUAGAUUUUGAAGAGUGGGGCAAGAAAAAUCAUUAUCGGGGGUGUUUUUGCUAAAGUCGGGGGUACCAUAGACAUCAUCAUUUAAACUCAGUUUUGAUCUUGAGACUGCCAGUCGUACAGUUACUCUCGUCUUAAGACUACAUCAGUACAACCAACUUUUACCAAUAAUAUAACGUUGAAUUAGUACAAAGUGAACAGUAACUCUAACAGUAAAGUGCUCAAGUUCGUUUAUUUAAAAGUUCAUUUGUUAAAAAUAAACAAUUAUCAACUAUAUCAAAUUCAUUACAAUGAAAUUAAACCGUUCAAAGCUUACCUACAAGUACAUUUCCAAGUCAAUAGAAAAAGGUGUGAUCAAAGAUAUCAAUGCAGUGGUUCCAGUCUUGAGUGGUUUAACGUUGCUUCAAAUAGCAACUGUUAAUAAUGAUAAACAAUUAGUGGACUAUCUGCUCCACAAAGGAGCUGAUAUAAAUUCAGAAAGUGAAUGCUGGGGUAAAGUUUUUAUCAUUGCUGUUAUGACUAAUAACCUGACAACAAUUCAAAGUCUAAUAAGCUAUGGAGCCGACGUUAUCAGUAAUAUUAAUCAUCAAAUUGAAAUCUAUGAAGCGGAAAGUCUCGUGGAGGCAGUUAUCAAAUAUUAUGAAGAAGAUUAUACUCCUAAUCCUAAGUUAUUACUAUCAUCCCUUAACAGUCUGGGUAUGAUAAUGCAUUGUUAUGAAUUAGGUUUUGCCAUUCUACCAUUAAAUAUCGCUAUUAGUUUAGUGAAUGUAAAAAUGGUAGAGCUACUUUUAAAAAAUAAUGCUAAUCCGAAUGCUGAUGCUGAUAUCGAUAAAUCCCGAUCACCACUAAUCUAUGCUGCUAUUAGAGGAAAUGUACCAAUCAUAAAACUUCUUCUGGCCUACGGUUUAGAUGUUAAUAUCAGAAAGAAACAUUUAGGAGAAAGUCUUCUGCAUAUUGUUGUCCAAAUGCGAAACUCGGAAGCAGUAGAAUUUUUCUUAAAUCAUGAUAUGUUUGAUAUAAAUAUGGUGACAAAUUGUAAAGAUUCAGCACUUCAUUACGGAAUUAUGUAUGCGACCGACGAUAAUAUCAUAAGGCAACUCCUUAAUGCUGGUAUUAAUAUUAAUUUGAAAAACACUGGCGGUAAAACAGCAUUUACUUCUCAAUCAAGUCUAGAUAAUUCAAAAAAAGUUAAUGAUGCAAUUACGGAACAUAUUGCGAAAUGUAGUGCGGCGAAUUUUUAUGUCAAUCAAGAAAAUUUAGCGGUCGUAAAUAGUGAAAAAUUCGGUGAAUUACGUGUCCAGUGCAUAAGCGAAAUUGAAAAAAUGAAGAUAACAUUUGUUGGUACAAGUAAUAUUUGGACAUUCAAUCAAGUUUUCCACUAUAUGCUGGAAUAAUAAAUUACCGCUUAAAAAAAGCAUUGAGAAGAAAAAAAAUCUUAUUCAAUGCUAUUAAUUUAACUAAUGAUAUUUUCCAAGAACUGGAACUCCCAAGUACUUUUACGAGGGAUAUUUUUAAAUUUCUAAUAAAUGAAGAUUUGAAAAAAUUACAAUGAAAUAUUUAUACAAAUAUUUUUACUUAGUAUUAUUUAGAUUGUAACAAAUCAGGAGUUAUUAGUAAGUUAAUUAAUUGAAUUUGUUUU